GUCCGGCCACUGUCCGCAUGGUGUCCAGCAACGGACCGCCAGUGCCCAUGCCCAUGCAGGUGCCUCCCGGCCACAUGGUCCAGCAGAUAGUGGACGAGAACGGAAUCCUCACCCACGUGAUCCUGUCUCCACAACCGCCAGCACCUGGAGCACACAUACCUGUCGGACCAUUC